AUGCCUGAAUCCUUGAGGAGGCAGGCUCUGGCUAUUAAAGGGGUACCUCUUAAGGCUAGUAAGUCCUUCAGGUACCUAGGCUAUAUUAUUCAGACAAGAAAUAACAGUGCCAGAGGACUCAAUAGUUCAAUUGCAAAGACCAAGGCAAGUUGCAUGGCUCAAUUUGGCAUGGUUGCCUAUCUCAGAGAUGCCGCUCUCGAAGGAAGGCAACUAUUCUGCAAGCCUGCGUCUCUACCGUCAGUGUUACGCAAAAGAAUGUGGCUCAGAAAACAUGUCAAGACUCAAGUGGGAUAA